CGCGCCUGCCGCCCCCCCCGGCCUCCCGCGUCCAGGGGGGGGCGCCCCAUGCCGCCCGCCCGGGGGAGCCGCCAGGGCCUCCUCAGCCCGCGGGGGGCGACGGGGCCGCCAGCGCGGGGGCGCGCCCCUUCCGACGGCAUCCGGCGUGCGGCGGAGGUCCAGCGCUGGUCGUGCCUGCUGCUGCCCGUGCUGCUCGGGAGCGCGGCGUGCCUGGCGGUCGUGCGCCCCCGCGAGUCCAGCCCCCGCGGCAGUCUUGGACGCAGGCCCUCGCCUUCGCGGACGCCGCGCGACACGCGCUGGCGGAGGGUCCCGCGGCGGAGGCGGCGGAGGCGGCGCGGCACGCGCUCGUGGAGGAGGUCCCGGCCGCCGCGGGCGAGGCCCUGGGCGCGCUGCCCUGGCCGGCGCGCUCGCCGAAGCCGGCAGCCGCUGCCGGUGGGACGCGGCCCACCCGGGCGCCCAUGCACUCCGAAGCCGACUCCGACGCGGCGCCGCCUGUCCUGAACAGCGCUGGCGCUGGCGCGUCGACGCCUAACAAGAGCGUCGCCAUCGCCGGCGCGGGGCGGGUCAACGAGAGCAGCGCCAGCUCUGGCGCGGGGAGGGCCAGCGAGAGCACCGCCGUCGCUGGCGCUGGGCGGGCUAGCGAGAAUCGGCGCCAGCACGAACGCCACGAGACAUGUGGAAAAGGCUGGCGCUGGCGCGGGGCGGGCUGGCCAGAACAACGCCAGCGCGAGCGCCACGAGACACGGGAGCAGGGCCAAGCGGCUGCGCACCACCGCGACGCCGUCCACAACAACAAUUUCGACUACGGUUACUUCGACUGCGUCGGCCUCGGCACCGCGGUGCGACAGCUGUGCGCCGGCGGAGCGCGGCCGGCCAGACGUGAUGAUUCCCGUCUUCGAGCGCGACCUGUGCAAGCUGAAGGUUACCGCGAGGUCUAUCGUCGCACACGACCCAGACGGUGUCCUCGGCAAGGUGCUCAUCUGCUGGGUCUCGCAGGCGGCGCGGGGGGAGUUCACCGACCAGCUGGACGAGAUCACGCGCAUCCUUGAGGAGCACGGGGAAGUGGAGGUGCUGGAGAUGCAGCUGGACGGAGUGACGGGCUGGCUGGCGCAGCAGUCGGCGAAGCUCAAGGUGGCCAGCCGCGCCUCGUCGGAGUACUACGUCGUGCUGGACGCCAAGAACGCGCUCCUGCGGGAUAUGGAGCCCGACGCCUUCUUCACCCCGUGCAACCAGGCGAAGGUCUUCGGCCGAUAUCGCAUGGACGACAUGCCCGCGGAGCACAGGUCCUGGUUCGAGGCUUCCGCGGGAGUGCUCGGCCAGCAGGCCAUGGAGUGGGGGACCUGGCCCGCGUCGGUCACCCCGAUGGUGCUUCACAGACAGACGACCCUGGACAUGCUGAGCAUGCUUGGCGAGUCGCCGGACUUCACUUCCGCCUGCGACGGAGGCCUGUGCGACAGCCUGCGCCAGCAGGCCACAGAGUUCACGCUGUACCUGGUGUACGCUGCGCGCAUCGCCCGUUUCGACUGCAUCCACGCCAUCGAGGAGCGCCCCUGGGACGACGAGCUCUCUGCUGUGUGUCUUCUGGCCGUCUGGCGCAACAACGACGUGGGCACAGCGGGCCAGGUCGAGGCCAUGGCCGAGCACUCCGACCUCAACGGCAACCCGCUCUUCUUUGGAGCGCAGGCGGGCGCGCUGGACGGCUUUCGCGACACGGAGCGCUUCAAGAUUCUCAGCGGCCUCUUCUCCGUGUACGAGAACGCAGGCCUGUAUGACUGGGACAACUGGGACGACAUGGCAGACUGCAUAGUCGGCGCAUGGCAGUGAUGUGGCGAGGCGAUGGGCAGGAGGAGGAGGAGGAUGUGCAUUGUUUCUAUCUGUGUUAGGUGUCGUGGCCAGCUGGUUUUCUUCCCAGGUCCUCACAGGGCCACGCCACUGGCUCUGAGCCUGUCUGCAUGAUCAGUGUGGCAUUCAAUUGCAUACUGUACUCGAGCAGGCCAUCGUUGUUCUCUGUGUAGUUAGUACUCGAGUAAAGCCCCCGCCAAUGUUGCGGGGACCAUUGCGACACGGUCUAGGUCUAGUAGUAAGUUGGCAAUGCAGAAUUGCAUUCUGCCUACAGUGUUACAGUGUUGGCUUGGGAUCAUAUUUGCCUCGGCGCUUUUAGGCGGUUUUACGCUAAGGUUGCUGUAUGCUUGCAUCAAUUUCGACACAAGUUCUUCGUGCGGGAAUGGCAGGUAUGUCUUGGGAUCGUGUUAUUACCUUCGCGUCCCCGUUGCAUGGGUUGAUCAGCACAUCCUUUUCUUCCUCCCCUUUCCUUGUGCUGCAGCAUCCUCAUUCGCGCUCAUGGCUAGCAAGCUCCAUUCCCGAGGCCGUUUGGGCCCACACCCCUGGGGCUCCCUCCAGCCGUGCGCUGAGCGAGCCUGGCACAGCAGCCGCGAGAGCGAUGUGCCAGCACCUGCGUGCAGAGACUGCCUCCGCAGCUUCGGCAGCGGGGCUCGAGCCGUGCUCUGGCAAACCCCUGGCCCCAGCCACGCGCCCUGGCAGUCCCUCCCGCGGGGCUGGCCGCUCGGCCUCCGAGGGAGGCGGCAUCGGCAGAGGCCGUGGAGGGCCGCGUGGAGGCGAGCAGGCAGAGCGUCGGCCGUGGCGGCAGGGAGGGCCCGAGCGCGAGGCGGGGGAGCUGGAGUUGCCGUUGACGCUCAGCGCAGCCGGCGAGGCAGCACAGCGGCUCCGGCGGCUGGUCCGACGGUCCGAGUGAUGACGUCGGAGGCGGCGACCGCAGAGGAGAGCAGCAACGACCGCCACGGGCGCGCCGAGGACGAGCAGUCGCUUGGCACAGCACCGUCGUCGAAGGGCGCCCUGCAGGCACUCGAGCGGUGCCUCGCCUCCCUGGGCGUUGCCAGACGUCG